GCACCACUUUGUUCGGAGCGGGAGAAGUAACAUGCACUGACUGGGGCGUCGCUAGUCCACUCGGCCUUUUUAUCUGGAGUUGUCGCUGAUCUCCCAGAAUCCCCUCCCGGCUACGGAGGUGGAUCGAGCUCAGCUGCCAAGGGGUAGGCUCUGCGCCUGUGAUUUAACUGGACUUAUUCGGGACACGUUUGCAGGGCUGAGAUAUGAAGAUCGCAGUGUUGGACCUGGGAUCUCUCUUUGCCAAAAUCUUCAAAGCAUCAGCACAGCCGCAGGCGGUCGCUUCCCCGGCAGCCUCUGCUUCCACCUGCAGCGCCUCAGCUGUGGCUGCGACUGGUCAGUCCGGCUCUAGCGUGAGCAGCGCAGGCAGCACCGCCAGCACCGGCCUCGGUGCUGCUCAGACCGUCACCCUCUUCCCCACGGUGGCUCCCAGAUCCCCAACUGCCCCUAGGAUACCCUCUGUUCCGCUCCCUUCCCCGAAAACUCUGCAUCCUCUCCUUACUGCCUCCUAUCCCAAGGUUUCCUCCGUGAGAAAAGUAACAGAAAUAGUGGGAGCCCCAUACUCCUUGCCCAGUAGCCCCAGGACAGACAGGUUUGAACCCCUGCCCCUGCCUCAUCCCCUGUCCCAGUCUCAGACUCUACUAUCAUCCCCAUCCCAGCUUUCAUCCCAGCCCCAGUCCCAACCUCAGCUUCAACCCCUCUCACAGCCCCCUUCACAACCUCAUCUUCAGCUUUUGUCCCAUGACCAGCCGCAGGCCCUUCCCCAGUUUCCUUCUCAGUCUCAUCUUCAGCCUUUGCCCCAAUCCCAGCCACAGCCCCAGUUUCAGCCCCUCACCCAAUCUCAUCUUCAUCUUCUAUCCCGGUCCCUCCCUCUUCCCCUUCCCCAACCUCAGCACGAAUUCCUGCCCCUUCCUCAAUCCCAGCUCCAGCCUCUUUCCCAAUCCCAGUCUGCAGCCCAGUUUCAGCUCUUAUCCCAUACCCAGUCUCAGCUCCAGCUGGCGUCUCAGCCUCCACCGCAAUUUCUCCCCCAGCUCCAACCCCAGCCCCUGCCUCUUCCCCUUCUGCACUCUGCUGUCCAGACCCUGACCCGGCGAGGCAGUGGCGGCGGCGGCAGCUACAGCAACAGCAGCGGAUCCAACUCUCCAGCUCUUUCUCUUCCUGUGGCUCUGUGGCGGCCGCCCCCGGGCUCGGGAGGAAUUGGAGUGGUCCUGCAACCCAUUACAGGCACCGGCGGUAGUAACAGCGGCUUAUCUGCGAGUCCGGCUCGCUCUCCGCGCCAGCCUGGCCCAGGAGAACGAGAAUCCAGUGGUUGGAUAGUGUCUGGCCCCGGCCCUAAACCUCUCUUCUUCACCCUCCCGGACAUCGGUGAGGAGUGGGGGACUGAUAGUGAAUCAGAGGAUGACGGUAGCAAUGAAACAAAAGGACUGACUGAAGGACCUGGAGAGCAACAUCUUACUGUGAAGAGCAAGGACCUUCUUCCUAAACAUUUCACCAAAAAUGUGCAGGAAGCCAUUCAUAAUUAUAAGUGUGAAUCUGUUUCACCUCUUUUGUCGAGUGGGAACACCACCCCCACAGACUUGAAUAAUUCUUGGUCCGGAAUACAGAGUGUUACUACUGAAAGAAGUGCAUCUACUGAACGAAGCUCAGUCUCCUCUUGGACAGAUGAUGAGUUUGACAAAGCCACAACAAAAAAAGUUGAGCAGUUAUUCCGAGAGGUGGAUGAAAUGCUCUUUGAAGGGAAGAUCAGUCCUCAUUGCCAGAAUCUGCAGGCAGAAUGUGAAGAGUGGACUAAAAGGUCACUUCAUCUCAGGGUUCUAGGAAAACAACUCAUGCUUCCAACAGAUGAAGGUUUUCAACAUUUUCCAAGUAAUACUGCUAGCUCUGUCCACACCAAGUCCUCACUUUAUUUCUGUGAAAGCAAUAACAAUCUCAAAGAGCUGUGUAUCUCAGGCUCCAAGCUUGUCCCAGAAGAUUUCACAAGGAUUUCUUCUGUUGUUUCUGAUGUAACUGCUUCAUUUCUAGAAGAAGAGAUCUAUGAUAUGGAUGGAGAAAUUGAAGAGUAUUUUGCUUUUGACAAAAAAGAACUUGAUAAUGAAAGUGUGGAACCCAAGAAUGCUAUGGUCGGUCAACAAAGGAAUAAACAUGGUAUCCCUCCCAUUUCUCCUGAGGAUUGUAUCAAAGAUGCUGCAGCUGCCGAAGCGUUUGAUCAUGCUUGGAGAAAUGUGGUUGGGAUGUUGGAAGAUUUGGUUAGAAAAACAUGGGAAACUAGCCCUCAAGGAGGAAGUAAACAGAGAGAAAACUUGAAGACAACUGGAAAUAAAUUGGCAAAACUCCCAAGUUCUCGUAUUCCACCCAAUCCAUCAAGUGUUCCCCCUUCCAGAGGUUCUGAAACCCACAGUAUGUCACUGGGUUCUCAUCUGGGUCCAUUUCAGAGCCAUCGCUUAUCCAGUAGUUUUUACAACGAUUUAAAUGGUGUGAUGACAAUUCAAGCAAAACCUCUUCAACAACGACAUACCCAUUCUGGAGACAGGACACUGCACGAUCAAGAGGACAGACUGAUGGUUAUAGGGUCCAGUGUUCUCUCCUCAACCCGGCAACGGUUGGGACAAAUCUCAGAUCACAGUGUUCUCUCCUCUUCUCGAGCACUCUCUAUAUCUGCAAGGAAGACACCUGCUCACAGGAGGCUGCCAUCUCUCUCUUCAGAUCUGCAUCAAUCAAAAACCUCCAAUGUGCACAGUGAUAAAGUUCUCAAGGGCACUAAGCUGCAAAUUAGUUCAGACUGCUUGUCUUCUCCAUCUGUUCAAGUGCCUCGAAACAGGCUACCACCCAUAAGCUCAGAGUCUGGUGAACAGAAUGUUGCUACUCCUGGAUCUCGCCAAGCCUUUCACAGAGGAAGAUAUCCUCAAAACCGAGUGUUAAGUGCUGUGCCUGGCAAUAUUGAAAGACCACCUCUUCGGGAAAGGACUGUUAUCUCCGAGCAAUUUUCAAGGCCUAAUACCACUCACACUUUCAGGUCUGACACUCCUCACAAAAGGUCAUUGACACCAAUGGAAUUUGUAAACCACACAUGGACAGGUCAAGGUUUCUUAACAGGUUCACAACAUCUAUCUAAAUCGUAUCAAAGAAAUACCUCAACUUCAAGAAGGAGAUUUCCAGUGGCUUCCUACUCCAACUUUGGCUGAUUGGUCACUGUACUAAGAAGUGAAAUCUGCCAAGUGUCAACUUAUUCUUUAUUACUUGAGAAAUAACAGCAAGUAUUAUGCUAUCUUUAUGUGUCCCUUUGUUUCCUGGUCCUAAAGACAGGACUCUUAAAGAAAACCAAUCAUAAUAAACAUGUUCAUUUUUAACUGGAAUGUGCUAUAACUUUGCAUCAUUUGCAUCUGAACAUAUACACAAACUUUCACAUCUGUAUGGGGCUACUUCUUAUGCUUAAAGAGAUAUCUAUGUGAACUUGGGCAACUCACUUAAUCCCUCUGACAGUGAUCCAUCACUUUAGAGCUGUUGGUUGUCCUGUAUUCUACUUCCUAUAUAAAAUUUGUGAUUUUUAAAAAGACAACAAACCAGCUUUGCGAAUUUU